AUGGGCACAUCUAAUGGUUCGGUCGUUCAAAAUCAACACAGUGGGUGGUUGCGCAAGCAGGGUGGAAAAUUUCGUACAUGGAAGCGUCGUUAUUUUGUUUUACGGCAAGGGAGCCUGGAGUAUUACGCCGAUUCGGAAUUAAUUCGAUUCAUUGAUGCCUUAGAAAUCGGUCCACCUGAUGCUAUGGAAAUUAUAACCUGUGAAAACGAUAGCACUUCCGAUGAUAAAGCUUAUAAUUUCAUUGUGAAGAGAGAUUGUGGCAAACAUUGUUCUAAAGCCUGGGGAGCCGAUCAAAAACAAUCCCUCUUCCUGAGUGCAUCGACGGCGGCUGAAAGGAGGGAUUGGAUUCGCGCUAUUCGAAAGCAGCUCUACCUCAAAAUGGGUGGCGGUCUCUUUGGAACUCACCUCUCAGAAGUGUUUGCCUACACCUCUGCGGAGACCAAAUAUGUACCUCGAGUUGUUUAUCAAACUGCCAAUUUUAUUCGACAACAUGGCGGCCUCACAACAGAUGGCAUUUUUCGGUAA